AGUAUUUUUCCACACUGCUGUCACACUGCAAAUGUAUUGUUUUUGUUAAAUAAUAAAUUUUGUUCGUAAAAUUUAGCAAAAAAUAUGCCUAAAAAACCGUCGUUUGUGUCGCGCAACCUGGUCACCAUUGUGAUGGUGCCCAGCCUCAUUGGCAUACACCUGGGCUGGAGCUAUAUGCAAAACAACCGCAAAUUAGUAACCGAAUCUGAGCAAAUAGACCUUCCGCCUGUAACGUUUGCCAGAUUCGUUUGGCACAAGAUAACAGGUGGCGGAGACCAGAGUACGGCGAACCCGCAGCCGACCAGCAGUGCGAAAUGAUGAGAGGCAGUGAUGAGAUGGGACAAUAUGACGGCUGUGGAUCGAUCUUAAAACAUACAAUCUAUUUAUUGUAUUGAAUUAAUUAAAACUACAUACGAACGGUA